UUCUUCAAGACCACGAGUGAAGUCACCCUCAAAACCUUGUCUCCUGAUACUCGUUAUCUCAACAUCAUUCUUGAUGGAGUCCUCACUGUGAUUAGCGCCCGCAAUGCACGCCUGCCUGCAGAUUUCAGAGAUUCUGAGAAUGAUUUUUGAGGAAGUGACACAGGUCACGAAUAGCGUCGUACGGCCAUCAUAUACUACUCUAUACCACCUGGCGGUGACAUGUCGAGCUUUCCGAGGGCCGGCACUGGACAUCCUAUGGGCACACAUACUAACGCCGGACGUGCUUGUCCUGUGCCUGCCUCAGGACGCUCGCUCUCAACCCAUACGAGAAUUGACCCUGGAGAGCUUCGAUCAGUUCGAAUGCACGCCUUCCAGAAUCGCUGCAGCAUUCAGGGUGAGACUUCUCAGACCCUUGACUGAUGAUGAUUGGACUACCUUUCGAAUGUAUGCGCGUCGCGUGCGCUCGCUCACUUUCGAAGAAUAUAACGUCGAGUCCUACAGCAUGAUGAGAGAUCACGGGUUGCACGAUAGUGCUGCACUUGCUCUCCUGGGCCCUUCUGCUUCGUCGCCCCCGCCGUUUCCUCUCCUUCGCGAGCUGUACUGGUACGACAAGCGCGAUGUGCUUCUGCCUUGCCUGCAGCGCUGCAUUUCCACCACCCUCACACGAUUGGUCAUUCAUUCGGAGCUUUGGCCAUCAGCAAUGGUCGAUCUCGUCGCAGGCCUGGGCAAGGCUUGUCCUAAGAUCAAAGAAUUUCGUUGUUCGAUGCCGACUGCUAGUGCAUGCGCCAUGCUUUCUGAUUUCGUCACCUGCUGGGAUGAUUUGGAGAUCUUGGAGACGGGAGCGGUGAAUGUGCAGGCAUUGCAACAUCUUGCAUCGCUGAAGAAGCUGAGGGAGCUGAAGAUCCUCGUGCCAGAAGAUUACAGCCUGGACCUGGACCCCACAUCGACGUUCAGCGUCAUGUUUUCGUUGGACAAGUUCAGCAUAACUGCUGCAAGUCCUGAGCUGCUUCUCGCUUUUUUGGUGCCCUUGCAAAUUUCCGCCAGGAGUGGGCAUUUGACCGUCGAUAAAGCUUCAGACGUGUUUUAUCUCGACCGACUACUCUCCUCCCUCACAGAGCACUUCAAUCCCAACGUUUUAGAAUCGUUGAAUGUUGAGGUGGAUCACCCCACCGACCCUACCAAUCACGCCCUUUUCGAGCUGACUGCUUCCGCUUUUCGAAAUAUUCGGGGCUUCACAAAGCUCACCAAUCUCGAUCUCAGUUCGAUGCAUGUCUCUAUCACCGAUGGCGAAGUUCUAGACCUUGUUUCCGCUUGGCCAAAGAUAGAACAUCUUUACCUUGACACGGCCUGGGACUGGGGAGUUGCCCACUUGAAAGUGACGUUUCACGGGCUUGCGGGUAUCCUCGAGCGCUGUCCAGAUCUACGCUCCAUAGGGGUCAACCUAGAUACCUCAGCUCUCCACGACUCACCUGCCUACGUUGAUCAUCGAUACAUUGGCAUCACCCGAGAGAAAGUCACUAAGCUAAAUGUUGGGUCUGCGGAAUGCGACGAUGUUGAGGCCAUUGGUAAUUUUCUAGCUGGGAUGUGUCCCAACUUGAUUCACAUCUCUCGUGCGAGCUUUAAUGUUGAUUCCGACAAUCCUUCCAUUCAUGAUGAAUGGUCAGAAAGGGGUGAAAGAUGGAGAGAGGUCGAAGGUUUCAUCGCUCAGAAGAGAGGUGAGCAAUGUGUAGGAUUAUAUACCAGUGGUGUAUGAUGUAAAGAAUUGGUGCUGCUGACGACUGCUAGUGAUCAUGUACACUGAUAUUCAGCAAGCCUCCUUGAGCAGCUUUCAGCGUACCUAAGCCGGCUGCAUGACGUUAACUUUGAGAACGACCACGACCGCACUGGAUCCGCUUGAGAAUGUACUAGUGUUGCCGCCGAGGCGAAUCGAAUCGAAUCGAGGUGGGAAAUUGCAGCAACACAACUCGGCACUUACGAGUUGUAACGAAUUGUGCCUCGUUUGACUCGCGAGUUGGUAACGAGUUCGGGAGUGAUACGGACCGAUAGUCCAGCCAAUGAGAAGCCAGUGACACUCGUACCACCAAUGACGAUUAUUUGCAAGUAGCUACACAAAAAGCAGACAGAACUAAUU